GACUCCGCCACUGCAGCGCUGGUACAUAUCCUGUUUCUGUGACUCAGAGGAUGAUGGCUAUCAGGAGAGGAGGUUAGCCGAGCCGGACGGCAUAGAUGCUCGAACCGCUGGACAACACUGACGGCAAGAAAACGGCUGCUAUCCAAUGAUGGACGGGUUUGCCGGGGACAUUCUGAGUGGGGGCCGGGCUCUGCUGGGCGAGGACAGCUCGGUGAUGGCCCGCAUGCAGAAGAAGUUCUGGAAGACUAAGCAGGUUCUCAUCAAAGCUACAGGCAAGAAGGAGGACGAGUAUGUGGUGGCUUCAGAUGCUGACCUGGACGCCAAGCUUGAGUUUUUCCACUCGGUUCAGCUGACCUGCACAGAGCUGCUGAAGGUGAUUGAGAAGUACCAGCACAGAAUCACACGGCUGUCCCAGGAGGAGAAUGAGCUCGGCCUGUUUUUGCGCUUCCAGGCCGAACGCGAUCGCACUAAAGCCGGCAACAUGAUGGAGGCCACAAGCAAGGCCCUGUGCACCUCAGCCAAGCAGAGGAUGGCGCUUUGCCCGCCGCUGCAGCGCAUGUAUCAGGAAGUGGAGACCUUCAGGCGGCGCGCCAUCGCCGACACGCUGCUGACGGUCAGCCGCAUGGAGAAGGCCCGCACAGAGUACCGGGGAGCCCUGCUUUGGAUGAAAGACGUCUCUCAGGAACUGGACCCGGACACCUACAAACAGCUGGAGAAGUUCCGAAAGGUCCAGUCUCAGGUCAGAGGGACGAAGAGCCAGUUUGAGAAGCUGAAGAAUGACGUUUGUCAGAAGGUGGACAUGCUGGGAGCGAGCCGCUGUAACAUGCUGUCUCACUCCCUCUGCACCUACCAGAACACUCUGCUGCAGUUCUGGGAGAAAACCGCCAACGCCAUGUCAGGAAUCCACGAGGCCUUCCAAGGACACAUACCGUACCAGUUUAACACCAUCAAGCACCUCCGGGAUCCACUGGAGCAGAUCUCAGAUUCCCCAAGCAAGGAGGAGGACGGCAAAGCCCAGCAGAGCAACACAGAGAGCUUGGUGUCCUUGGAUGAUGACAAGCCAGCAGAAAGUGGGUCUGAUUCAGAGCUAAAGCUCAGCAGUGAUGGGCGGAGCCAGGCUGACGGUGGCGCCAUGCUCGACCUCAGAGGACUCUCAGCAGACCUCAGUGACGACCUUAUGCUCAUGUCCUGCAACAUCCCACCCCCGACAAAUGUCCCCGUCCAGCCCCCGGUCCCUCCUCCUCCCCAAGACGGUGAACAGAAGGAGAGCUGUAGCUUUGGAAGCUUCGAGUCAGGCCUCCCAGAAAAGCCUGUCUCGGGUGACAGUUUGCUGUCUGGUGUUCUCUCCUCAGAGCCAGGUCUGACAGCAGGGGAGGAAGAAGGUGAGCGGAGCGACAUGGCUUUCCUAAAGGACCUCCUGAGCCCGGGUCCAGGAGCCGGCGACGAGUUCAGCAGAGAGUGGCAGGACGCCUUCGGGAUGUUCGACCCUCCCAGCGUUCCCGCGGCAGCUGCCCAACCCCCGUCCAACCCGCCCAGCCCCACCGGCUUCCUGCCGUCUCAGCUGCUGGAUCACAGUCUGAGCUCCUCAGGCUGGGUGACCCUGCCCAUGUUCCAAGCCCCGCCCCUUCAGCCGCCCCCUGGUCAGAGCCAGGCGGCUCCUCGGUCUCAAACUCCUGCGGCGAACGCUUCAGGAGGAUCCAAAGACAUGACGGCGUGGUUCAACCUGUUCGCAGACCUCGACCCGCUUUCCAACCCCGACGCCAUCGGACGCUCUGCCGACGAGCUGCUCAACGCCUGAAGCUUUUUAAUCAACUUCACUCUCUCUUUAAAAGUCUGUAUUUCCAUCAUGAUUCGGCACGUAUCAAUCUGGAACUCUGAGCUGAUUGUUGAACCUUCAGCUUCUCUCAGUUGCUGUAACAGACUGAAAACGACACGGGAGCCGCUGCGGUUUGUGUUCGCCUGUUCUUCACUGCACCGCCUGGAUGUCAGGGGCGGAGGCACCUGAACGCUGCUGUGUGCAUUUUGUGUUUGCUUUUGUUGGGCGUGUCUCCGUUUGCCGUGUGUACAUAACCAGAGAUCCAGGAUGGAUUUUAAAAAUGUCUUUAUACCAAGAAGAAAAAAAAAAAAAAGGUUUCUAUGAAGUACCACAUGAUUGUCACAAACGAUGCAAAUGUAUGAAGAAGUGAGUCUGUUUAUGCACCAUGAAGAUCACCAGGCUCUCAGUAACAACACACUAACCCAUGUAUCUGCCUAUAUAUAAGUAUGGACCAACGUAUGUGAAAACACUACUUCAUCAUUGUAUUAAAACAAUUUAAAUUAUU